GAUUGAAUAGGAGAAUAAAUGUGCAGCUUCCCUUUGUGAUUUUCUGAUAAAAUUUGGGGAUAAGAUGGCACCAACAAAUGCCACUGCCCAACAAUCCCACGUCUUACUUACAGAUUCUAACUCUGCAACCAUGCAACUUUUCUUCUCUUCUCAGAGAGUUUGUGUCUCAACUGGAUCACACUGGAUACCUCAACUUAUGUAAGACAACUGGAUUCUUUCACCAGAAUGGCCAAGGUGAAGUUUUGGCAGGUGAAGAUAAUUAAGCUCCAGCUCUAAGUUGUUGAAUUCUUUUGGAGCCUAUACUCUGCCUUGUUGGUACUGUUGGUGUAGAAAAGUCCUUGUUAAAUUGCUUGGGAAAAUGUCCUUGAGGCAGCAGUAAGCUUCUGUGAGAUAGAUAGAUAAAUUGAGGUAAUUAAUAUUGCUAUUAUCAUAAGCAGCAGGAAAACUAAGAAUUGGAUAAGAAGAGUAUGGGAGAAUUCGGAAAUGAGGUAGAAAAGUCUAUUAUUUUUGAGAAAAAGAAGAAUGGAAUGAGUUCAAGCAAGUCGAAGAUUUCUGCAUCUUCCACCAUGGAAUCUAAUCUACAUGAAAACCAAGCUCAUCUUAUUUCAAAUACGGAGAAAUCUCCACGUCAAUCUCACUGCACUACCUGCUGGAAAAGUAUGAAUUGCCAAAUUGUUCGUUCAAGAACCAAACUGAUGAAUAUUUUGAUUGAGAGGAAAAAACCACAAGAGGUCCACUCAAUUUUUCAGGGUCUGACAGAAGAAGGACAUCGGCCAACUCUUGUGACAUAUACAACUGUUUUGGCUGCCUUGACUCUCCAGAAACGUUUCAAGUCGAUACCGUUGCUUCUUUCCAAAUUGGAGCAAGAUGGAUUAAAACCUGAUUCCAUAUUCUACAAUGCCAUGAUAAAUGCUUUUUCUGAAUCUGGAAAUGUUAAGGAGGCUAUGAAAGUGUUCCAGAAAAUGAGGGAGAAAGGAUGUAAGCCCACAACCAGCACUUUUAAUACAUUAUUUAAAGGGUUUGGAAUCAUUGGUAAGCCUGAAGAAUCUCUGAAACUGCUGGAAAUUAUGUCUCUUGAAGAGAAUGUGAAACCUAAUGACAGAACAUAUAAUAUUCUGGUCCGGGCUUGGUGUAACAAGAACAAAAUUGUAGAAGCCUGGAAUGUGGUUCACAGAAUGGUUGCAGCUUGUGUAAAACCUGAUGUUGUUACUUACAAUACUAUAGCAACGGCUUAUGCUCGAAACAAGGAGCCUGGUAGAGCUGAAGCAAUGAUUUUUCAAAUGCAAAAUCACAAAGUGGCACCAAAUCAUCGAACAUGUGGUAUCAUCGUGGAUGGGUACUGUAAAGAGGGAAAUAUGACAGAAGCAUUGAAGUUUGUUUACAGGAUGAAGGAUCUUGGUGUACUUCCUAAUCUAGUAAUAUUCAACUCUAUCAUCAAAGGCUUUCUCGAUAUCACUGAUGCUAGUGGUGUUGAUGAGACACUUACAUUGAUGGAAGAGUUUGGGGUGAAACCAGAUGUGGUAACAUUUAGUACUAUCAUGAAUGCAUGGAGUUCAGCUGGACAUAUGGAUAAGUGCCAAGAGAUAUUUAAUGACAUGAUUAAGGCCAGCAUAGAACCUGAUAGCCACACAUUCAGCAUUCUAGCUAAAGGCUAUGUGCGUGCUGGAGAACCUGAAAAAGCUGAAGCCCUGUUGAAAGUUAUGGCUUCAUCAGGUGUACAUCCAAAUGUUGUAAUGUUCACAACAAUCAUCAGUGGAUGGUGUAGUGCUGGACAAAUGGAGUAUGCUCUGAGGGUAUUUGAAAGGAUGUGCAAAAUGGAUGUAUUGCCUAACUUGAAAACCUUUGAAACCCUCAUUUGGGGUUACGGUGAAGCAAAACAACCAUGGAAAGCUGAAGAGUUCCUCCAAAUUAUGGACGAGAUGGGAGUAUCUCCCACAAGGAAUACUCUUCUACUUGUUUCAGAUGCAUGGCGAGCGAUUGGUUUCCUUAACCAGGCCAAGAAAAUUUCAGAUGAUGUGGAAUAUGAUGAUAGGGCAUUCUUGAAUUCUCUGGAGGAUAAGCAACCAGGGGACAACUUUGAACGAGUUUAUCCUAAAGAUAUAUCAAAUGAUUCUCUCGCAAGCCUUAAGCAAGUAACCAACCAAAAUGGGUUGAGCCCUGUCAAUAAAAGAAGCCAAAUAGUGCUGACCAGAUCCACGUCUUUUGCUGGAAGCAUAAAUGUGGCAACUAAAUCAAUAAUGGUUUCCCAUAGCUGUGGAUUCAAGGUAAAAUCUUUGAUGAUAUUUGACAAGCAGUGUCUAGUGCAGAUAGGAAUAUAUGGUUUUGCGAAUUCAUGUAGAAUGGUGGCGUUAAAUUAACAAAUUUCCAGUUCAGUCUAUUAAAGGAAGCCUCUUGAAAUAAAAAUGUAUACCCGGAUUGAAGCCCUUUUCACAUCAAGAUGGCUUACACAAAGGCCUGCAAUUCUACAAUUAGAUCAUUUUUACAUGGUGUUUUUUUUUAACAUGUAUGUGCACUGUUAUCUUAUUCAAAACUUAUACCAUUAUGAAAUGUAUAUUCUUUAGGUUGAAAUGA